CGUAUUGCGUCGACAAACCUAUAUGUGGUUCUUGUGUUGUCGGCGUCCUGGACAAGGCCACGUCAUGACAUCGCAUGCGCGGUGACAUCACAGCAACUCGCUGAUGUGUACUUCCUUUGCCUUCCUUGCAGCCCUUUAGCCAGGAGCAGGACUUCUUGUGAGCUACACUUGAACAAACAACAAAGUCAAAAGACAAGAUGAUUCGGAUAGCUGCCUUCCUCGCCCUGCUGGUGGUGGCCUGCUCGGGAGAGACCUGUACCGAACCGACCAUCACCCCUUCGGCCUACACCACCUCGGACGCUGUCAUCUCUGCAGAGUCAGUGUUCAUUGUGGAGCUCAGCUUGGUCUGUGCCAACGGUGCUCAGAGUGUGACUCUUUAUGCUGAUGUCAAUGGAAGACAGUUUCCUGUGACCAGAGGCCAGGAUGUUGGCAAAUACCAGGUGUCCUGGAGUCUUCCUCACAAACAGGCCAGCUCUGGCACUUAUCAGGUGAAGUUCUUCGAUGAGGAGUCCUACAGCGCCCUACGCAAGGCUCAGAGAAACAAUGAAGACGUGAACGCCAUUCAGCCUCUAUUCUCCGUCAGCGUUGACCACAGGGGUGCGUGGAACGGUCCAUGGGUGUCCACUGAGGUGGUAGCGGCUCUCAUCGGCAUCCUGGUCUACUACCUGGCCUUCAGCGCCAAGAGCACAAUCCAAGCAUAAAAAGAUCCACGGCCGCUUUUUGGGAUCAUGGGAUCAUCGACAAAAUGUUUCUUCCUGCUUUGGGAUGAGCACUAUUUGACAGUCUUUGGAUGAUUCUUUUUUUUUUUUUAUUAUUAUUAUUGGGACGGUGUCUGUAUGUGCUCACAUGGACAUUGCAUCAGGUUGCCCUCAUCAGCAACGAUGGACAUUUGUAAUCGUUUUUGUAAACCACAAGACCGUAAAGCUGGACCCGUUCAUAGGUAAUGAUGCAUGUGUUUGGUAUGACCUCAUAAAGGCCCAGGCCACGAUAUGCUUUCAUGAACCACAGGCCACAAACCUAACACAUGCACCAUAAUAAUGUGAUUCCAGUGCUCAAAACCAAUAAAAGAGGGUUUCUUUUCA